CAACACAUUUCUGAGAGAAACAGGACAGAUCGCGCCGUUCCAUUCGCAUUCUCGAUCGAACCAUGAAGUCGACCUGCCAACAGCGCCUGGAAGCUCGCCAGGCGCAACUCAAAGCGUCCGAGAUUAGUCCAUUGGAACAGCUUCAAGCCAUGGGGGAGCGAAUCUCUCGCGCCCGCGAAAACCGAAAGCAGCACGUAGCCUUUCGCCGACACUCCGCCCGAGACCGUGUCAUGAAAGCCCAAGCAGUCGCGCGGGCAACCUUUGAGGAUGUUCAAUCUCGAUCCCAAGGGCAACAGAUCCGACUGCAAACGCGCUUAGAAGACGCCGAGAAGCGGCGCUUGGACAAGCUUGCGCAGACCACGUCGCAAUGCCAACAGCGGAACGAACGCGUCUUGUCAGCGUUGCAGGGACUGGCUGAUCGCACGAUGGAGAAACGUCGCAUUUAUGACGCGUCGGUUCGUGCGGCGCGUUAUCGGCGCGCGGUGCUCACGUCAGCGUACGUGUCCAAGUUGGAGAAGCAUGCCAACGACGUUGAAUCGAAGAAGGAUCGCAUCCUCCAAACUCGACGUUUGGACGCGGCCACGUCGCUGCAACGCUGGUUCCGACACGGCCGCCACGUGCGCGAGGUGCAUGCUGCCUUGCGUCCCCUUCGUCCUUCCACCCAGGCCAUUUUGGACCUAUGGGCAAGCGUCGGUCGAUCCACCGUGGACACGAGCAUGAUGCUGCUCCAGAACCGGCAAACCGCGGCGAAAGCACAUGCCGUGGGCAAAGUGCUCUUUCCCGCCACGUCGUUUCGCAUACUCCUCAUGGCUGGCAUGCUCAUGCACCAUCCCAAAGACGUGAUGGACCAGGGCUUCGACCCGGUGCUCCAUUUCACCGCCAAACGUGUCUGUCACGCGCUCAUGGACUUGACAACUAUGUGGUCGACUUCGCUAGCGGCAUUUGCCUCGUCGUGGCGCCGAUGGGAGUCGAGUCGCUUGAUGUACACGUCCACGUUCGCGGCAUGGAAGAAGCGCGAUGGCGAGCGGCUGACGACGGACAUGUUGAACGUGUACGCCGAGCUGUUCACCGUGCUCACGCAAGCGACGGCGGAUGGCACAGAUAGCGCGAUGAGCAAGACGAAGGACCAGUUGAAGCAGCUUCGUAGCGCGUUGGUGCAGGCGCUGGGUAGCACCGCCGCCACGGACCGAUUGGACGCCCUGGAGCAGGAAUUGGCCGCAAAACUGUCGGGGAAGCCAGCAGCAGGCCAUGCACCAUCGACGCCUCCAACGCCUCGUUCGCCGGCCAAGAAACCCAACUUGGAAUUCACCAAGUCGGUAUUUGCGAACGACAGUUUGACCCACGAACUGAUUUUGAACCCGCGGUUCCAACUCCCCGUGGAUGAUUUCCGUGAGAAUGGGUCACUUGAACGCCGGGUACAGGCCACGAUGCACCAUGCGUUCUGGGACCAAGUGCAGGUCACGCAAGACCCCCAAUGGAUUGCGGGAAUCCUCGUGGAGCUCCGCGAUGCCCUCGGUCGAGUGUGCAAAGUUCCGCGGAACUUUCUCAAUGACGCGCAAUUGGAAGCUCUGGCAGAUGCAGAGUGGACGGAGUGGGUGGCGUUGCAGCAACAAGUGCUGCAUGUGAUUGCCGCCAACGAAGCGCCGGCGCGAAGCGAGUCGACGGCGGCGCGGCGCGCUUUGGUGCUGGACUCGUCCCCGACGUGCAAAGCAGACGGGUACAAGGAGCUGACGUCGUUUUUCCGGUUCUGUUUCGACAAGGCGGACGAAAUCCGCGGCGAUAGCCUGAAUGCGCACCUGGCAUUGCUCGCCCCGUAUCUGCAACGCCACGGCGUCGAGCACGAAGCCAAGAAAUUUGAGCAGCGCGUGGCGGCUGGGAGCGUGACGCUGUCGCAGACCACUGCGUGGCUCCAAAGGCAACACGGGACGGACGUUCGCACGAUCGUGCGAUCUGGGUUGAUUGCCUUGGUCGAAACGUACAUUGAAUCGCCCGACAAGUUGUGGCCAGAAACGUUUGCGAUGGACGUGGGGCGCGUCCGUGGGUGGCGCAACCGUGUGGAUGCGACGGCGUUGCAAGCGAGCUGUGUGGCGCUGGUGCGGGAAGAGUGCGGGCAUUUCGGAGCGACGUAUCCGGCCGAGGCGGCGGCGGCGCUGUGCGCCAAACUCGCGAUUCUCCUGGACGAAUCGUGUGGAAGUGUGAAAAUGGACGACUUGGUGGUGCAGGUAGUGCAUGAAGUAGGCUCGUACAUGAAAUCUCCCUGGCCGAGUCCUGCCGCCCGCGAGACGUUUCAAAAGCGAGUGGCUGACGUGGCCCGGCCAUCGAAUGUGAUCUUUCGCCUCUUUUUUCAACGCAUCGUGGCUGUGCUGAAGACCCAUGUGAUGGAGUGCGAUGGAAAGAAGAAGGCGGGAAACGAUGUCGCAGUUCCGUCGACCUUAGCUCUCUUUGCCCCAGACUUGAAUGCACUCUGCCGAGAAAUGGCGCUCCUGGCCAAACACAAUGAAGCUGUGCACGCUACGACCUACAAUCGGUUGGUUCGGGAAGCAGCUACUAUUAGACCGUAGAUUACAUUGAUUUGACAUGGGAUAAAUACUAGUAAUACUAGCACGUAUUGAUAGUAUUACAACGUAGUAUACACGAUUUACGAAACAAACACGAAACAAAAUACACCAG